AUGGAUGCAAAAUGAAGCCAUUUCAUAAUGGUUCUCCAUAAGAUCAGAAAAAUCGGAGAAGAAUUUGGGUUGAAGAAAAUGGUGGCUUUUCUCAAGAAGUCUCUGAAACUAUUAAAGAAAUGGCUUAAAUAUUGUGGCUUAGAGGAGAUUUAUUUUAACUUUUGCUGAAUUACUGAAGUCAUUAUAGAGACUUGAGGCUUUUAG